AACAGAUCUACACAUCAGACGGAGCUUCAUCAAGCACUGCUGAUCGCCGCAGCGAGCUCCCGGAUGUUCAAUAGACCAGAGUAUUCACACUCGUUCACACUCAUUUAAAGUCAGCGCUCCCGUUAAUUCAAACGGGAGCUGGAUCAUGGCUUCCUCGCUAAUGAACAUGAUGCCAUUUUUAAUGACAACAUUUCUUGUCUCGCUGUUUUUUACGGAGAUUUGCUGCGAUAAUGACACAGAGGAGGAUGAGCACGCCAAGCACACGUACACGGUGGAGAUGUUUAAUGAUGCCGUGUCUACUGCUCCUCACUUCGUCAUGUUCUACGCGCCCCGGUGUGGGCACUGUCAGAGGCUACAAGGCACAUGGAAUGAGCUGGCCGAGAAAUACAAUGGUAUGGAGUCUCCUCCAGCCUUUGUUGCGAAAUUUGACUGCACUAAAGACACAAAGUUCUGCUCCAGUGAACAUGGCAUCCGCGGAUACCCCACUCUAAAGUUGUUUAAGCCAGAGCAUGAGGCAAUGAAGUAUCAGGGCCCCAGAGACCUGCAGUCACUGGAGACCUGGAUGCUGAAAACCCUGCAGGAGGAGCCUGAGGAGCCUCAGAGUGAGCCUGAGCCCCCCAAAGUCCCUGAACCCAAACAGGGCCUGUAUGAACUCACAGCCACUAACUUCAAAUUGCACAUCUCUAAAGGUUCUCAUUUUGUGAAGUUCUUUGCGCCAUGGUGUGGUCACUGCAAAGCCUUGGCUUCUAUAUGGGAACAGCUCGCCACCGUCUUUGAACAUUCAGACACUGUCAAGAUCAGCAAGGUGGAUUGUACGCAGCAUUAUGAGGUGUGUUCAGAUAAUCAGGUGCGCGGUUACCCUACACUACUGUUCUUCACGGAUGGACAGAAGGUGGAUCAGUACAGAGGCAAACGUGAUCUGGACUCUUUUAAAGAGUUUGUGGAUAAUCUUGUGAAAGCUUCAGUAUCUAAAGAUGAACCAACAGCAGAGGAGGACCACACUCAUGACAUCCCACCCAGUGCUGAGCCCGACAAACAAGAGUCCAAUGUUCUGGUGCUAACCGAGAGCAACUUCGAUGAGACCGUUGCCAAAGGUUUCAGCUUCAUCAAGUUUUAUUCCCCAUGGUGUGGUCACUGUAAGAAACUGGCCCCUACCUGGGAGGAUCUAUCCAAGAAAGAGUUUCCAGGUCUAACUGAUGUGAAGAUUGCUAAGGUGGACUGCACAGUGGAGAGAUCGCUCUGCAACAGAUUCUCUGUGCAUGGAUACCCAACACUCCUGAUGUUCCGGGCUGGGCAGCAGGGGGAGGAGCAUAAUGGUGGGCGGGACUUGGAGAGCCUGCACAAUUUUGUGAUGAAACAGGCCAGGGAUGAGCUGUAGCUCCAUCCUCAUUCUCAUCUCACCACAAACCUACACUCAUCAGUCUCCAUAUAACACAUACUGUCAAACAGACUGCUCUUCUUUUUCUCAUAUCUGCAGAGGUGAGGACAAUCCAUCUGCUUAUCACAUCAUGAAAUAUGAAUGUACGUGAUUUCAACGUAACUUGUUUGAUUGUAGACCAUUUGAUGAAAUCAUUAGUAACUAACAACCAUAUUACUUGUACUUUUGAUUUGUCCUUCCUCUUUUUAAAGUAACAAUUUGAGUAUGGUGUAAAGAAAAUGCCACCAAAGUUUUAGAUCAUUACAUUAAUAGCUUGCUUGCUUAAGAUCCACUAAGAAAAUAUGACCUCAGGGAGACCAUUGUGUACUGUUUAAAGAGAACAAUGUGUAUUGGCAUUUUUUUUUCUUUCAUUAUAAUGUAAAAUACACUAUAUCCAGUGCAAUUUCAAAUGUGUUUAUUUGAAAAGACAAAAAAUGCUUAAACCAGAUGAAGGUGGUUUGCUGGUCUUAGCUGGUUUGGCUAACGCCCUCAGUCUGAGAAAUGCCCAUAACACUCUCAAAAGCCAUCAAAGCAGGCCAUACUAACAAUCUUGACAGCCAGCUCAGCUAGGACCACCGAAUUACUAACCAAUGUCUGGUUUAAGCUGUUUUUUGUUGUUUUUCCAUUAGGGAGGCCAUUUGCUUAACUGAAACAAAAGCCUUUAGUUCUCAUAAAUGUUUAUAGCAUUUAAAAUGUUUCCCCUGUAUUGUCAUUAUGUAAUCCAUGUUUUUUUUUUUCUCACCCCCCAUCAGUGCAGAAUAUACUUUGUGUUUGCCGUUUAUUGAAAUACAGUUUGCUUAACAUUUUCAAUCAUGGUAGUGAGCUUGUGAAAACUAAAAAAUAUGGCACAGUAAAAUCUGUUUCUUAACAUUUGUUUAUUCUGCAAAUAGGGCUUUUGUUUAGCCUAUGAGGCAUUUAUCAUUUAAAGGGGACAUUUUCUUCUGAUUGGAAUUGCUUCAUUUAUGAUGUUCAAAUGAUACCACCAUCUCAGUAUUUCUCAGUAAUGCUGUGGUAACAUCUUUCGCAUGCAGUUAAUGAUUUUAAUACCACUUCUGACCUGAUUAAAGACAUUUUCUGAUGGUGAAAUACUGACGCUAGCGGUGCCAGGUAAUAAGUUCUAAAGAAACACUGAAAGUGCUUGUAUAUGAGAUUGGGUGCUCUUGAAUAGUAUAAAUGAUUUGAACAAAUGCAAAUGUUCCCACACUGAGAUGUUUAUUUUUCUCUUUUACUGGAUCCAAAAGUCAAGGAAGGGUAAAGCAACCAGACAAACUACAGAUUAACUGAAGUCUUUUGAGGCACAUUGUCAAGCCAACCUCAGUGAAGAAGAAAAAAAAAUAUAUAUAUAUUUUUGUGAUGGGGGUACACCCACUGCCCAGGGGGUUUUGUACAAAAAGGCACAUUUCAUAAUAAAAUGUCUUUUUCCAAAAAUAGAUGUUUUAAUUUUUCGGUUACUCGUGUCUUUGUGGUAUAUGGUUCAUAAAAGUUGCAAUAAAUAAACUGUAAA